CAGAUGAUGUGGCCUAACGUUUUGUAAUUUAAUGUUAAAUGAAUUUAUUAGAAUAAUGAGAAAAUGACUGUAAUAAAAUUUAUUUUAGUUUUAAUAUUUAUAGCUCCAUCAUAUGGUAGAGUGCCUGAUAAAGUUUAUUGUUUAGAUGAAACAUGCAGCAAGCCACUUUCAAGAGCCAAAACAUUGAUAACUUACACAAGUGGGGAUCCUGACCACAUAUCCUAUCGUAAUAAUGCUGAAGCUCUGGUGUUUAUGAAGUCAGCUGGAACAAACCCUGAGCUAUGGUUUGCAAGUAUUGAAGGUAAAGCUGGCUUUGUGAACUCAAAAUUUUUAAGGGAACAAAAAGUAUUUGAAAAAAAUCCAAAAUUUGUAGUGCCAACAGAGUCAUUGAUACCAAAAAUUUCCUUUCAACCUGAUAAAGUUAAACAACCCCAUGAAGUGGUCGAGGGUACCACACUGUACACUACGGAAGCAACAGUCAAAGAUAUCAAUACAGCACCACAACCUGCAUCAAGUUUACCAAAUGAAAUUAAUGAAAAUUUAGGUACAAUUAAACCAGUUGACAAUAUUAACCCAAAAAAUGUUGCUUUUGAAAACAUUAAAGAAGUCAACGAAAGGCUCUUAGAUACUCCUAAUUUUCCUCAACAAGAAAUACCAAAUGUUCAAGAAGCACAAGAGAAUGAUAUUCAGAAAAAAAAUACAAUUGAAACAAAUGUUCGAUUUGAAAAUGUACCAAAUCAACAUUUAAAUGUUCAUAAGGAUGUCAAUGUUCAUAAUCCAGAAACAAAAGAUCAGAACUACUAUAAACAAGUAAAUUUGAAUGAAGCAGAAUUACAGAAAACAAGUGAAACAUUGACAACAGUUCCAAUACAAAAAUUAAAUGAAGAGAAUUUUCAUGAUCACAAUAUUUUGAAUGAGAAGUCAGUUCAAAAAGGGCAUGAGCAGCAUGGUAAUGACUUACCUAUUAUAGAAAAUAGCAGUCCUAACAUUCACAAUAAAGAAGUUUAUAAUGAGCCUCAAAUUUCCAUCUCUCAAUCUUCAUCAAGAAGUGGCAGUGAAGGAAAUAUCCCUAAUACAGAAGGCAUUAUUCAUCAAAUGCUAAACGAUGAAGUCCCAGAAAGUGAACAAAAUUUUUCAGUGCCUUCAAACAUGAAUAGAAAUGAAGAUCAUGAUAAACAUGCAAAACAAGCAGUAGCAGAUAGUACUGUAGAAAAUACACAACAACAGAACAAUCUAUAUAAUAAUAUUCCAAAUAUAAAUGGGGAACAAGUUCAAAAAAACCCAGAGCUCCCAUUAGAGACAAACAGAGAACAAAAUAAUUUCUUAGACCAACAAAAUCACCCAAACGAAAAAUUAAAUAAAAAUCAUUUUGAAAAAAGUACACCUUUUAUGGAAAACCCUUCUAAUAUUUUAUAUGACAAUACUCAAAGUGAAAUAAAUAGGCUGACAGAAACAAUUAGUACUAAGACAGAGAUAGAAUCCGAACGAACUUUGCCCAUUGUAAAUAGAUCACCCAAUUCUGAUAAUGUUGUAAACUAUGAAACAGGAAUACCAUCUACUCUGAGUGUAACAGAGAGAAAUAUCGAAAUAAAUAACCCCAAUACAGGAAUGCCUCCAAUUGUUGAAAAUCCUAACAACAUAAUUCCUAACAUAAAUUUGAAGGAAAUACAAUUGGAAUCAAGGGAGGUACCCUCAGUAGAUAGAUCUCACAGUCCUGAAUAUGUCUUAAACAAUCAAAACGAAAAUAUACGAACACCACCCCAUCCAGCUGAAACACAAAGAUAUUUUGAAACAAAUAAUGCCAUGACUGAAAUACCUCCAGUUGUUGAAAAUGUUAACAAUAUUGUUCAUAAUGCGAACUUAAAGGAACAACAACUGGAAUCAAUACCUCCCUAUGUAGACAGAGCUCCCAAUCAAGAAAAUGUAUUUGUUGAUGUGGCAGAACAAUUAAGAACACCACCUCCUCCAUAUUUGAAUCCCAUAACUGAGAAUUAUCAACAAGAUCAUUUUGAAAAUCCCACUACAGAAACGUCACCACUUCUAUUUAAUCCAUCCACAUCUGCAAUACCCGAUAUUUCCAUAAAUGAAGAGCAACAAUUAACAACAGAAUUAAAUAUACAAACAACAACUGAAGGUUCAAAAGAACCAGUUUCAGGCAUGGAUGAGAACACAAACAUUAAUCAGGAAUUGCAAAGUAACCAGGAAGUUGGUGAUAAACACUCCUACUACACGGAAACUCCUGUAGAUAUUGAAUAUGGUAACACAGCAGAGUCAAAUUUACCAACUAGUGAUGAAUACCAGGUAUUUCCUGAAGAAACCACUAAAGGAUGGUUUGCUUCCAUUUUUGACACAUUAGCUGGUAUGUGGACCUCAUCAUCUGAUGAUCAAGACAUUUCAGAUAAUACUGAAGAUAGCAUCUAUGAUGAACCAAAAACUGACAAUGCUGAAGAAUUUUCUUUUAUAAAAUACUUAAUACAUAGUUAUUAUUCAGUGAUGGGAAUAGAUGAAGAAACUCGAGUACUCUUCACAUCUGCAGGAGACGCCUGCUAUACAGAAAACUACUGUGAUGGGCAAAGUAACACAAAUAAAAAUCGAUUGUUAACAUUCCUCCUAACGACAGCCAGCUCUGUUCUUCUGUUCACAUUGGGAUAUUAUUACAUCGACAUAAGGAGACAGGAUGGUAGGCUUAUUGGAACAAUCAAUUCUUUGCAAAGAGAUUUGUUAUUUACUACUAAGGAGUGUGAGAUUUUAAAAGAGGAGCUUUCGACUACUAAGACGAAAUUAGCAGGGAUUGAAGACAACUCAUUUGGCAUGGACGAUAUGGUGCAAUCACUAAAAGAGGAAAUCAAUGAAAUGAAAGCACAGAACGAUAGGCUACGUCAUUCUCUGGACGACAAUGAAAAACUGUUGCGAGUAUCCGAAAAUACUGCCGAGGAGCUUCAGAACACUCUGAGCGAAGUGGAGAAUACUCUCAGUGAGCUUUUGGCUGAAAGAGCUAACUUAGAGGAGCAAAUUGCAGAAAUCAAUGGAAAAGCUCAAGCAUUUGAAGAGGAAUUGAUCACAGUAAGUCGAGAUCGAGAUAACUUCCAACUAAAAUAUGUAUCGGCUGAAACUACGUUAAAAGAAUCAGAAAAACAGGUCAAAGAAAUAGAACAAUUGAACAAACAGUUAUCAGAAACUAAAAACAAAAACGAACUACUGCAACACGAAAUAGAUGCUUUAAAGGAUGCAUUAAGGCAAAUGAAACAUGAUCCCUCAUCGAACGUCGAUGUGGCCUCACUUAUCGACCACGCUGAAAUCAAAGCCCAACUAUCCAAAGCUUUAGUAGAAAGAAAUAAUUUAGCCAACAAGUAUGAGGUCGAACAAAAGGAACGGGUUCGUCUCGAUCAAGAACUGAAAAAAACUCAAGAGUCAUUACAUGCGACGAACCAGCAGGCUACAGAAGCCGUCACUAGACUUGAAGUUCUAGGAAAGUAUUUCCAAGAUCGGGAGAGCGAACUACUCAAGGAAUUGAGUACUAAGGAAUCAUUGUGGCUGAGUAAACAGGGAGAAUCUGCUAGCACCGUUGAGAAAAUUGAACUACUGCAGCAAGAACUACAGAGAUUCAAAGAGAAGUGCGACACGCUGAGCCGCGAGCUGGCGGAGCAGGAGUCGCUGCGGCGCGCGGCGGUGGGGGAGGUGGAGGCGCGCGCGCACACGGCGUGGCUGGAGGCGCGCGCCGCCCGCCGCGACGCCGACGCCGCGCGGGACCUCGCCGCCGCGCUGCGCCGCAAGCUCGCCGCCACCGCGCACGACGGCGCCCUCUCGCCACAUCACAAAGUAGCAUCACCUCUGGAAAUGAGCGAGAACCCGGUGUUGCUGCCGCCGCCGCUGCCGCCUUUGUCGUUCCUACCGCCGCCGCUGUUACCGCCCCUGCCGAGACCGCCUCCGCUCGGCAGGCUACCCUCGCCUCUCCAACCUAGGUACGGGGAUCGACGCUACUCGCCGGACUCGCGGUACUCGCCGCAGAGGCGGUACUCGCCCGAGAGCCGCUACUCGCCGGAGACGGUGCGGUACUCGCCCGACAGCCGCUACUCGCCGCCGCCCCGCCGGUCGCCCUACUCGCCCAGACCCAGCAGACGACGUUCCAGAGAUAGAUACGAAGGUAGUUGUGGAUCAAGGUCUCGUAACGCGCCCGAAACAGAAUCCGAAUACCCUUCGGACAGUCCAUCGAGGAGCACGCGGCGACGGAGCAGAUACCAGAGGCAUUCAGGUCCCAGCUCUGGCUCAGGUUGUUCCUCGGAAUCCGAUAAAUAAAAUACUUAUUAAAGUAUUCAUACAAUAACAACACCGAGAUCUAAAUGUUUUUAGUACUUAGAAAGAAAGGUGCGCUAUGUAAGAAACUGGAAAUAAACAACAAAAAAAAAUUACAUUCGUUUCUGUUAAUCACUACUUAAGGUUUUGAUAAAAAUUUAAACAUUGAAGUGGUUCAGUAAAAAUAUUAGAGAUUUGCUUCAAUAAAAGUAAAAAAAAAUUCCCAAAACUAUUCACAAGUUUAUGAAUUUCUGCAUUAUAUUAUAAAAAGUAAUUAAUAUACUGCAAAUUGAAAUUGUUCCUAAUGGGUAACCAAAUAUCCAGUUCAAAUGUUAUCAAAAAAAGACGUUUGGAUCUGCGUUACGAAUCAGAAAUUGCGUGUACCGUCAGAAAAACAAUCAAGAAAUUUAGUCUGUAAAUAUAAUUUAUUUGUUAUUAUUUGUGUCUGUGCUACUUACUGUAGUUAUUAAACAUUUCUAAUUCGUCGACUUUACACAGCUUCUUCACUGAGAUGGCUAAUGUUUCAGAAUCAUUUAAAUUAUAUUUGAGAGUACUUCUGAUAACGGUCUGAACAAGCGUAUGUAGAUUUUGACGCUUAAUUCCAAAAGGUCUUAACACCAUUUGAAACGGAAAGUUAUUUUGCAUUUAAUUUAUUCUACAAAACAACAUUGUAGAAACAAACAACUCAUAAAAAUAAACAAACAAUAACAAAAAUUAAAAUUAAAAUUGUGAAUAAUAUGUAUGUGUAAUUCAUUAAAUUAUUUACUUCUGUACAUAACAAUGCUAUUAUGUUAAACUAAUCUAUAAAUAGUAUUUUUUUAGGCUCAAUCAUCUUAUUCAUAAUGGGUUAUCGGAGUUUUAUGAGCCCGUUAUAAAAAUACUGUCUGAAGAGUGUUUGUCAUUUACAAUAUGGUCUUAUUUAUUUUCAAUAUGACUUUAUUUCGAGAUUCAUUAUAUAUCAGGCGUAAAAGAGAUCCAAUAACGCAUUAUGAGUAAGACGACCACUCAUUUUAGGAAACUUCAAAUUUUAAUAAAUAUGUAGUUUGAUUUAUCAUAUAUAGGCUUAGUGACAUGAUUCUAUUUAUCUAUCCUCUGUAUAUUUUAUAUCAUGGGAAAAACGUAGACGAUGUGUGUUUUAAUAUUCUUUGUAGAUAUAAUAGAAAAUAAUUUAAAAAAAAAACUGCUUAACUUCCAAACAGACUGUAUUAAAAACUGUACUAUUUUUACGUUAGAUGUAAUUUGAUAUAAUAUAGCAGGCCAUUAUUUACUUAACAAUAUUUGAAUGGUAACAAUUUUAUUGGUUUCGAGGAUGUGCGUACCAUGCGGGUAAGUGAUCACUAUCGUGCAUUGACGUUAUCAAUGUCAAAGGCAAAGCCAAACCGUUGCCAACACUGAAGACUCUCCCCAAAUGUCGACGGAACAAGGACAUGUUCUCGCUUUUUGGGGAAUAUUGUGGAGAGGAAUUCAUUCCGGAUCUGUGUGCUUAUGCGAGUUUUUUAACGUUCUCGAUAGCGUAAAAGUUAACCCAAUUUUGUAUGCAGUUGGAACAGCGCCCCCUAGCGGCAAACGUACGCAAACGAUCC